AUGGGGUCUGUUCAACCGGAUAUCACGCCCAAUCUCUCAGAAACGCUCAAAGGGUUCAAAGUCAUCAUUGUUGGCGCUGGCUUCGCGGGUCUAGCAUGCGCCUCGGACUUGGGCAGACGAGGGGCCGACGUCACGGUCUUUGAGGCCGCCGACGCUGUCAGGACAGCAGGUGACAUCAUUCUGUUCGGUCCCAACGCCACAAGAAUAGUCAGCAAGUAUGGCAAGGGCUUGCUUGAGGAGCUCAUGCGUGUUGCCUCUCAACCACCAUAUAUGCCCAUCAUGGACAAGCACGGGAAGCUCCUGUUGCAGCAGGAAGCCGAGCAGGAGUUUGACGGCUGGCCGAAUGCAUACGGCUAUCGGGGACACACCCAAAACGUCAUGUUUCAAUUCGCGAAGCAGAUUGGGGUCAAGUUUGUCUACAACAGCAACGUCCAGCAAUAUUUCGAAGAUGAUCAUUGUGCCGGCAUCAUCGUUGACGGGGUCAGACACGAAGCAGAUCUGGUCGUUGGCGCCGACGGCAUCCACAGCAGAGCCCGAUACUUUGUGACCGGGAAAGUGGACAAGCCGCAGCCCAGUGGGUUCGCCUUGUAUCGCGCCUGGUUUCCGCUCGAGGUCCUGCGCAAGAAUCCCGUGACAAAAGAGAUCGCGGAUGCUCCGUAUCCCUGGUUUCAUGUCUGGAUCAUGGAAGACUGUCACGCAAUCAUCACCACCAACAAGGUCCUUGACCGAGGAACGUGCUUUGCCACUCACCGAGACGACCGCGAUAUCAAGGAGGACUGGACGCUGCCGGGGCGGAAAUCAGACAUGCUGAAAGUUGUCGAGGGUUGUGACGAGCGUUUGGUCGAGACGGUCAAGGAACUGCUCGAGGAGAACCUCAUCGACUAUAAGAUCUUGUGGAGAGAUCCAAUCAAGCCGUGGGUAUCAUCAAAAGGCCGCGUGUGCAUUGUCGGUGAUGCCGCGCAUCCACACCUGGCGACAUCUGCGACAGGCGGGGCGCAGGGCGUUGAAGAUGGCGCCACCAUUGCCGCAUGUCUCGAAGAAGCCGGAAAAGGAGACGUCCCCACGGCACUGAGAGCAUUCGAAAAGCUCAGGUUUGAAAGGACCUCUCUGACCCAGCGUAUGGGCUGGGAGUUGCGGCACCGGUGGCACCAGACGGAUUGGGACGCCGUUGCUAAAGACCCUGAAUACCUGAAGUUUCGGCAACCGGCGUGGCUGGUAGGUGUUGAUGCUGAAGACUAUGCCCAUCAGAACUAUGCUGCCGUCGUUUCCCACCUGAAAGACGGAACUCCAUUCACCGCAACCAACGUGCCUGAAGGAUAUGUGCACGAAGACUGGACAGUCAGCGAGCUGAUGGAGAAGGAGAAAGGCAAAGCCGACGAAGAAUUCUUCAAGGUCAAGUGA